GCGGUACCUCUUGUCGCGGCCACGGGGGUGUUCGUGUUCGCUUGUCACGCGUUGCCAGGUAGUGUCCGAAUCGUCUGGGAUAUUCUAAACAUUCUCGCCUUGUUUGCCUCACGCGGCGGCAAAGUCGAACCUGUGCAACUCGUCCAGAGAAGAUCUUCCAUUUUUCUGUCGCUUGGAAAAAACUCGACGAAGAAAUUCUUCUACUGCUAAAUUUCCUACGUACAAUAUUGACGAACAAUGACUUCUGCUAUGGAUUAUAUUCGUCAAGCAUGGAAAUGGCUAAAAGUUCGUGUAUUAUGGCUAAUCGACUUCAUUUCUGGAGAGGAACGCGUUUGUGAAAAAGAUUUGGAAGGUAUGUCUGGACAAAAGAAAGGAAGUACAGCGCAGCAAGCAAAUGCGGCUCCCAUUGUUCAUAAGGUCAUUAUGGUCGGUACCGGAGGUGUAGGGAAGUCGGCGUUAACCCUGCAGUUUAUGUAUGAUGAGUUUGUGGAAGAGUAUGAACCAACUAAGGCGGAUUCCUAUCGUAAAAAGGUUGUACUGGAUGGAGAAGAGUGUUCGAUCGAUAUUCUGGACACAGCUGGUCAGGAAGACUAUUCAGCUAUCAGGGAUAAUUACUAUCGAAGUGGUGAAGGUUUCAUUUGCGUCUUCUCCAUCUUGGAUAUGGAUUCUUUUGAAGCUACUACAGAAUUCAGAGAGCAGAUCCUUCGCGUCAAGAGUUCGGACAAUUCCGUCCCUAUUGUUCUUGUUGGAAACAAAGCCGAUCUACGCGAAGAACGUGUAGUGUCCCUGGAAAUGGCUCGGCAGAGAGCUGAGCGAUGGGGCGUACAGUACGUGGAAACAUCUGCAAAGCGAAGAGAAAAUGUGGAUAAAGUAUUCUACGAUCUGAUGCGCGAAAUAAAGCGACGGAAGGGUCCGAUGACAUCAGCAGCUGGUAUGGACCACGCUCAAACGGGAGGCAAAAAGAAGAGUGGUCUAAAGAAACUGUGUAGUAUUUUGUGAACGCCGUUCCUCCCAUCGGUGCCUUCUUUGAAGCUUUUUUUGUGCUCGUUUAUAACGCCGAACUCGAGAGUCACGUCGUCCAUGACGUCGAGAUCUGACAAUUUUGCUGAUUCUAUCUGUGUAUCGUUGUCCUCUCUCUUAUCAUCGUUGCCUCGUGUUUCAUUGCCUACUAUCGCCUUACUCGUAAUGCAAAUCGCUGGAUUGUUUCGCUCUUCCACGAUCCUUUUCCUUCACAAUAGUCAUCUCCCGCAUUAGUCAUUUCCAGAGAUUUAUGAAUUUCUUUCAUGUUUAUUUUUAUGUUGUUGCAUCGAACUACUUGAUAAUAUGACCUUAUCAGCCCUUACCGGGUCGCAAUAUCGCGAAUCUUACAAAUCGCUAUCGAAUGAGAGCAUGUGCAUAAUAAGUUUGGAAUAAAUUAUUGUUUGUCGCA